GUGCUGCGGCUUCCUCAAUUAGCUUCAUGACCAAACCUCCAGGAUAACUCAGUGUCAAACUUAGCCUCAGGAAGCUAACACACUUACGGGUAAAGUUGAAUCUUCCCCGCGGUUCUGUCGUGACCGUGGCCGCGGGUGGAGACCGAGCUCGGCGGCGAGCGGUGUUUUAAAAUCCCCGCAUCACUUCAACACAAGUGUCUGGAGGGAGCAGGAUGCUAGCAGCUGUCGCCAGCGAGCCGCUGCAGGAAAUGAGCUGGUUAAGCUAGCUGAGGCUAACUGUUGUCAUGAGGCUUGAUUUCUCCUCUUUAUGCUCGCGCUCGAUGUGAACAACCUCUCCGCGAUGGACACCGAGGCGAUAGUGAUCCGAAUAAAGACACCGUCAGGAGACAUGGACUCAUCCGUGGACUGUCCAUCUCUGCUGAACUUCAAUGACCUGCUGGUCGCCAUCAGAGAUGUCAUGCCUGAAGCUACUGUCACUGCCUUUGAAUAUGAAGACGAGGUGGGAGACAGAAUCACUGUGAGAAGUGAUGAAGAACUCAAGGCCAUGUUGUCAUAUUACUUAAACACAAUGAACGAACAACGCAUGAAUGGACUGCUGCCGGACCCUCUCCAGAUUUUUCCAAGAGCCGGCAAGACUCCAGGGAUCCGGAACAUACAUGGCCUGAAGGUUAAUACAAGACCGAACCCAGCCAAUGACUGCACUCAUGCAGUCCCAGACUCCAUGGCUAACAACAGCUUAAAAAAAUCAUCUGCUGAGCUGAAGAGGAUCUUGACAAAUGGGCAGAUAAAUGCUCAAGAUAUCAACUAUCAAGAGCAGCUGGGCCAUGGAAAUGGAGGCACAGUUUACAAAGCGUACCAUGUUCACGGCAAACGGGUGUUAGCUGUCAAGGUCAUCCCACUGGAUAUUACAGUGGAAUUGCAGAAGCAGAUCAUGUCGGAAUUAGAAAUUCUCUACAAGUGUGAUUCACCUUACAUCAUCACUUUCUUCAGUGCCUUUUUUGUUGAGAACAGGAUAUCCAUAUGCACCGAAUUUAUGGAUGGUGGUUCUCUGGAUGUGUACAAAAGAAUUCCAGAGCAUGUGUUGGGGAGGAUCGCAGUGGCAGUAGUCAAAGGCCUGACGUAUCUGUGGAGCCUGAAGAUACUUCACAGGGAUGUCAAGCCUUCCAAUAUGCUGGUGAACACCCGAGGACAAGUCAAGCUCUGUGACUUUGGUGUCAGCACGCAGUUGGUGAAUUCUAUCGCCAAGACGUAUGUGGGAACUAACGCAUACAUGGCACCCGAGAGGAUAUCAGGAGAACAGUAUGGUAUUCACGCAGAUGUGUGGAGUGUGGGAAUCUCGUUCAUGGAGUUGGCACUAGGCAUGUUCCCCUAUCCACAGAUUCAGAAAAACCAAGGAUCUUUAAUGCCUCUCCAGUUACUGCAAUGCAUCGUUGAUGAGGAUCCUCCGGUUCUUCCCGUUGACCAGUUCAGUGAAAAGUUUGUUCACUUCAUCACUCAGUGUAUGCGGCGGCAACCCAAAGAGAGGCCUGCCCCCAAUAACCUCAUGGAGCAUUCCUUCAUCGUACAGUAUAAUGACGGUAAUGCAGAGGUGGUGUCCAUGUGGGUCUGUCGCUGCUUGGAGGACAGGCGGAUUCAGCAGACUCAGGGACGUGUCUGACGUCCUCCUGCUGUCUGUCCGCCCAUGAUGGACCUGGACUUUUGAUCCCUAACCUUGGACACUUAUCAAAGUCUUCAGGAUCGAGUCCUCAUGCACCGUGCAGGUGACUUCAUGCACACGGACGAAAAUCACCAGAGGUUAAAUACUUAAUGUGAGUAAGUCUCUAUUUAACAGCACUCAUGCACCACAUGCGACAAUGAAGAUCCCUCAUUCUCUGAAGCGAAUAUGAAACUCCGCGUCCAGCGAGUUCAGAGAGAUCUCUGCUUUUUGUGGGUUUCCAGCCGCGGCCUCAUCCCCACGUUUUUUGAGAGUACACAGAAAUGCAGUGAGCGUCUCGAUCUGAUGAAUGAAGUGGUCCUCAUUUAAAGGAGCUGUGACAAUAAACACCUUAAUAAGCACUGCAAUAGGCUGGCAGAGUUUGAUCUGCUUUUUAAGGGUGGCUUCUGUAAUAACCAUCUUGUGCUUUGCUGUUGACAGCCUUCUAGUGAAUGUUAUGGUUUUUGCCUGUGAGUAAAUGCCCAUGUGUGUGCCUGGUUUUCCACUGGUUUAAUUUAUUACCUCAGCAAACAUUUGUUAUCCCCCCAUCUUAAAAAGAUGUCCCUGUUUUCCGCUCCUGGACGAAGCAAGUUUAUUCGUAGGCCACCAUUCAGACUCAAGGCAGUUCAACGUGCUUUGUAGAGGCAUGGAAAUAUAUAUUUUUAAAAAGACAAUACAAACAAGGCAAUUCCAAUUGCUUCACAGAGACAAAGAAUUAUGUAAAAAAAUUUAAAUAAGAAUAAAGAGCACAUUAAAACUAAAUUUAAAAAUCACAAUGAUGAGAACACCUAGUUAAAUAUUAAAGAAGGUUGCGAAUGCCACUGAAAACAUGAGUGUUUUAAAGGAGCAACAGUUUCAGCUGACUUCAGGUUCUUAACGAAGCUUGUUCUACACGAGGAGCAUAGAAACUGAAAGCUGCUUCACUCCCGUUUUGAUUCUGCUGUCAGUGAAUAAACCUGCUCCAGAUGACCUGAGGGCUCUGGAUGCUUCACCAUGUACAAAUAUAUCAGAGAUUUAUUUAGGCCAGAGAACAUUUAGUGUUUAAUAGACAAGUAAUGGGAUUUGAAAGUUUGUCCACUGACCCACAGGAAGCGAGUGCAGUGAUUAAAGGAGCAGUGUUAUGUGCUCUACUUUCCUGGUGUCAGUGAGGACUUGAUGAACUGCAGUCGUCUAACGCACAGAAAAUGAUAAUGCAUGUUUUUCUUGGAGUCCAAUAACUACACCAAGAUUUCACGCUUGAAUUAAAUUGAACUUUUAAUGUAAAAUUUUUAGGUGCCAAAAACAUUUCUUUUAGUUUUUUAAGGUUUGUUCUUGAACAUUUUUAUCCAACCUUGCGAGGUUGUCGUACCGGUGAGUCUUGAGCAGCGCUGCAGCGUUACAGUGGAAUCAAAUCCCAUCUUAUUUUCGAUUCUCAAGCUAACGAUCCAAACUAUUUAUCAUUUACAGUCUUCAAGAGGAACCAGGGUUUUUGUCUCUUUAAACCAGUUUUUAACUCUGUUGCAUAUCUUUUAUUUCCACCAGUACAGCCAACCUGACUUUGAAAGCGGCCAAAUGAGCUGAUGGAGAAAAAAGAUCUGCUGAAACAAUUCUUUACUUUCAUUCAGCAGAAAUUAGCUUGUUUUCGAACCAUCGAGAUGUGGAGAAAUUGCAGACAGAAGCAUAACAGGAACCAAAACCCAACAUUUAAGUUAUUUUAUCCACAUUAUCACCAAAAAACUGUAAUUUUAUUGCAGUGGCCAGUGAGAUCGCUUGACGUUGUGUGGUAAAAUUUAAAUGUGUGUCGCACAUAACACCAAAGAUCACCGAGGGGCCAAAAGGUGAAUUAUAUGACUGAGGCGGACAUAAUGGGUUAAGUGACUAAAAUGAAUUGAUCUGAGCAGGUGUUUGCGUGCAGCCGGUGAAAUGUGUCGUGCUUAAGUGCAAUUAAAUCCCAUUACUUCCACAAAGGCAAAGUAAACAAACCUACAGUGGCACUUAUAGCGUGAGCAAUGCUGAAAGCUUCACGUAAGAGCAGUGCAUUAGCAGAAAAGGCCCAUGGCCCCAUUUUACUAUACAUGAGAUGUGCAGUGUCUUUAGUGUCCUGUUAGUUGUGGUUUUAUCCGCUCUGACACAUGGACAGUAGAUUUUAAUCUCCGGCCUUUAUCUGUAAAUCACCUGCAACCGAGAACACGUUUGUACGUCACACGUGUCCUCAGCCAUGUUGUUCGUAGUUUAAAUCACCUAGUCUACAGAGGGGCAGGAUUUAAAAUCUAUUUUCUUAUUUACAGAAAUAGUUAUCAUUAGCAAAUUAACAUUUGCUUUCCUCUUGAAAUGAUUGUAAUCUGCAGUUCUAAGCUUGUUUUAAUUGCACAGUGCAUUCACGUAAGCAUCGUAGACUGCAAAUAAAGAUGGCCGACGUGUCUCUGGCUCCUUCUAUCAAACAAAAAUAUUCCGAAUGCCGACGCUGCCAUCUUUUGAUGUUUCACCGUGUUUUAUAUCAUCAUCAAAUAAGUUAUUAAAACCAAACUGAUGGGAAAACACUCGAGCAAACAUCAGUGUGAUAAAGCUAAAAUGAACUAAGGACCUAAAGUCGAAUUGAAGGAAGUUCCAACUCAAUUCAAAAGACUCAUUUGCCAAAAGAAGUCAUCGCAGUUUAUCCGUCAUCCGUCUACGCACAUUUUGUUGUGCGAGGUAUCAGCUGUGUGUGGGACGGAAUUCGGACACAGUUCACCAACUUAGUGGAAAUGACCUUUAAUUGGUCAAAGAAGUUUUAUAACGUAGAAUUGAAAUGCCUUGUAGCGCCCUCUACUGGUUGAGCUCAGAACUCAUCAAAACACACUUUCUUUUUUUUUAUUUGAUCCGCGGUCCCAGACUACGGUAAAUGUAUUUUUUUAUUUUAAUGCCUCUUCACAUCCAGUAGUUUAUUAUUUUUUAUAAUAAAUGUUCCUUUUAUAAUUGUGUUUAUUUCAGCCGAUUUCAUUCUGUGUUACAGCCGCAGUUCAGUUUGUGUUUCCAGUUACACUGUUUGUUUGUUUACAGCACGAUCUCCCUCGUAUCUACGUGUUUCAUUAAGCCGUCAUUUGCCUCAGGAAACUGAAACUGAGGCAAAGUUCUCAAGUUUGUGUAAAUAAAUAUACUUUAGGAAAGACGUCUGUGUGCAAUGUCGAUAUUGAUAUUACUCAGAUAAUUUAUGAUCUUCAGAUUUAAAGAUUUUCCUGCUACUAAAAUACAUCAUUGUAGAUUUUCCAAUAGAUCCACGAUGAAUAGAACAUGUACUCUGCAUUUUACUGCAUAUAUUGUUAUAUUCAUAUAACUGUCACUUUGGGUUAGUCAUAUUCUAUCAUACUGUUAAUACAUCUGUCAGAAAGCCACCUGACAUUAAAUUAGCCUAAAUGUGUCUGAAGCUAAACACAUUACAAUCUGGGACAUACUAAUAAAUGAGUGUGAAAAUUUAAAGUGUGUCGUGACUCGUGGCCACUUCCUCCUGCAAAAUGUUAAUGUCGUCUUGCUACCAAACCAAAAAUACAAAUCAUUUCAUGUUUCUGAACAGAUCUGACAAUAAGCUCCAAAACCCAUUUUUAUUUUUGUUUGGCAUUGUACUCAUUGAAAUACGAAUCUGCCUUAUCAGUGAGAAUAUUUAUUAUUUUUUUACUUUCAGUCUGCUUUCUUCAGAGAUCACCUCCCGUGACUCUCUCUCUGUUAUUUCCUGUUUUUUGACUGGCUGAUUUUGGCCUUUUCUGUAAUUAUAAGUGUUGGCGCAUAUUCCAACCUGCACAAAUAAAAUAUGUUUAAA